AUGAGCUUUGCGAAUUUCUUGAAGACUCGCUCCGGCUUGAGAGUCGAUAAUCGCAAGACCACCUCUGCUGCUACAUUGACACUGAGACAGAGUCUAUGGCCUUUGACUCUAGUUACGCUCUUGUUCUUCUUAUGGGGAUUCGCCUAUGGUCUAUUGGAUACCCUUAACAAACACUUUCAGAAUACUCUCCACAUUGACCGAGGCCGAUCAUCCGGUCUCCAAGCCGCGUAUUUUGGCGCAUAUCCCCUCGCCUCCCUAGGCUAUGCAAACUGGAUCCUGCGCCACUAUGGCUACAAAACCGUCUUUAUCUUCGGUCUCGUGCUGUACGGUAUCGGAGCAUUGUGCAUGUGGCCGGCAGGGCUACACCAAUCAUUCGGUGGCUUCUGCGGUGCGACUUUCGUCAUUGGCUCCGGUCUGGGAUCUCUCGAGACAGCCGCCAAUCCCUAUUUGACUGUCUGCGGUCCGCCUCGCUACUCCGAAAUCCGUAUCAACUUCGCCCAGGCCUUCAAUGCAAUCGGUACUGUCGUCGGCCCUGUGCUUGGCUCUUAUGCCUUCUUCACCGAGACGUCGGAUGAUGUAGCAGCGCUGCAGCGCGUGCAGUGGGUUUACCUCGCUAUUGGCAUCUUCGUCUUCUGUCUUGCUAUUGUGUUCUUCUUUUCGAAUAUCCCAGAGGUCACCGAUGAGGAUAUGGCAUUCCAGGUUGCGCAGACGCAUGUCGAUGAGCAGGACAAGCCCUUUUGGAAACAAUACAAGCUGUUCCAUGCGACUUUGGCCCAGUUCACCUAUACCGGCGCGCAGGUCGCUAUCGCCGGCUAUUUCAUUAACUACGCCACCGAGACAUGGCGCGGUACCUCUAACGCCACAGCAGCCAAGUAUCUAGCCGGCGCCCAGGGCGCGUUCGCAGUAGGCCGGUUUCUCGGAUCGGGACUAAUGAAGUACGUCAAGGCCCGCUGGGUCUUCCUCGUGUACUUGUCCUGCACGGUGGCGUUCCUCGCUGCCUCCGUCACGCAGACUAAGCAGGCUGGUAUUGCUAUGUUGUUUAUGACGUUGUUCUUCGAGUCUGUCUGCUUCCCGACGAUCAUGGCGCUGGGUAUCCGCGGCCUGGGACGCCAUUAUAAGCGUGGCUCUGGGUUUAUCGUCGGUGGUGUCUGUGGAGGCGCUGUCGUGCCGCCGAUCCUCGGUCAUGUUGCUGAUAUGCGCAAUGAUACGGGUUUCGCGUUCAUUGUGCCUACUAUGUUCAUGGUUGUUGCUUGGACUUAUGCUAUUGCUGUCAACUUCGUUCCGGCUUAUACUAUUACGGUGGACAAAGUUGGUGAGAGUACGGUUGGCCUGGAGGAGAGACCUAAGGAUGAGGAGGCUGUCGUGACUUCUACUGUUGAUCAUGUUGCUAUUGAUGAGAAGCACUCGGCUCUUCAUGUGGAGCGCUAG